AUGGAGUUCUCAUCCCAACAAAACAACCCUUCCCAAAGCAACACCGGGCGACGACGAAAGGGAAAGGGUCGUCAGAGGAUCGCCAUCGAGAAAAUCGCAAACGAGACAAAUCGCCAGGUCACCUUCUCAAAGAGGCGCGCGGGACUUUUCAAGAAGGCGAGCGAGCUCAGCACUCUCUGUGGUGCCGAGAGCGCCAUUGUCGUCUUCUCCCCGAGCGACAAGGCCCAUUCGUUCGGGAACCCGAGCGUGGAUGACAUCACCGACAGGUUCCUCAGCCAGGUCACCCUAAAGAGGCCCGAUAAUGAAUGGGCCUACUUGGACCCACACAACAACCCAAUCAUGCGCCACCGCAACAUGGAGCUUGCCAACUUGGAGGCCCAAUUGGAGCGAGAGAAGAAACACAACAAGGAGGAGAAGGCGACGAGGGAAGUGGGCCGGGCCCACAUAGGGAGCCCGCCGAACCUCAACGGGCUCAACUACAAGGAGCUAAAGCAAUUGAAGAAAUCGGUAUUCGAGUUCAAACGUAGCUUCGAGGCCAAAAUGAAGAACGCCACGCGGGCUCUUGAUGUGGGGCCCGAUUACGGGUCCUUAAGUGGUUACGCGGCACUAUCCGACAUCAAGCCGAAUGUUGGGCUCCCGAACAAUGGUCCGGUGGGGGAAAACCCUAGCGCGGGAUUUUUUUUGGGUCAUCAUGGGUAUGUUGACCCGUUUGACCCGACGGUUGGAAGCUACGGUUUCGCGUUCGCGAAUAAUAACCCCCAGGAGGGUGGUGGAUCGGGUUUCGGGCUUUCGAGUUACGAUGGUGGAUUUGGUAGUGAUGUGGUGACACAAGGAGGAGUCCAAAGGGGAACACUACAGGGCUAUGGCCAGGACCAGUCUCAAGGGUUUAGUAAUUACUAUGGUGGUGGAAAUUGA